CUGGUCACGUGACGAGUGGCCGCCUGGCUCUGCAGCGGGUUCAGCUCUGUGCUACAGCGGCGAGUCUGGCUGCGUGUGGAAGCGCCACACUGUAAAUUACUGCAGGAACACAGCGCUUCUCCCAUUAUGGGCGACAAGAAAAGCCCAUCCAGGCCAAAAAGACACGCCAAGCCCUGUGCAGACGACGGAUUUUGGGACUGUAGUGUCUGCACGUUCCGCAACAGCGCCGAGGCGUUCAAAUGCAGCAUGUGUGAUGUGCGCAAAGGCACGUCCACAAGAAAACCUCGUCUGAACUCACAGCUUGUGGCGCAACAAGUAGCGCAGCAGUACGCCUCUCCUCCACCAGCUAAGAAAGACAGGAGGGAGCGCACAGAGCGAGACGACCACUACGACAUAGACAAUUCAGACUCGGACAGGCCAAGUGUAGACAACUCUGACUCGGACAGACUGGGCCCAGACAGCAGUCACUUGGACAGAGGACACACACAUAAGGACAGGAGACAGGAGCGCAUUGGAUUGGACAAACCUCAGCUAGUACAAACAUCAGUGGAAAGGAGGCCUGAGAGACCAGGUCUAAACCAGGAACUGCACAGAGAACUUCUGGAUAAGGUUCAUUCACACAGGCCGCAAAUGGAAAAAGACCCUCAUACAGGUGCAUCUGGGACACAAGUGGCCGAGAAGGAGGACAUGAAGAAAAACAAAGUAGAGAAGGCAAUGGUGGACAAGCACAAAGAGAGGGAAAAGGUGCCUGGUUCCAACAAAAAGCCGACUGCUAAGAAGAUAAAACCCAAGAUCCUCAAUAAAGGUCCUCCAAGUGAAAGAAGCAGCAUGAAAUCUGGCAAAUCGGCCACUAAGAGCAACAAAUCAAUUAUUUCAAGGCCUAAGCUGAAGAACAUAGACCGAAGCUCAGCUCAGCAGUUGGCCAUAACAGUGGGCAACGUUACGGUCAUCAUCACAGACUUUAAGGAGAAGACACGCUCCUCAUCCACCUCCUCGUCCACUGCCACUUCCAGCAGUGGCAGCUCUGAACAGCAACACCUGAGCUCCAGCUCGGAGAGUACUGAUAGGGGGUCAUCCCGUGCCUCUACUCCACGCAGAGACCUUACUUCUGGACACAAUGAGCUCCUUUGAGCCUGGAAGAUGGAAGUCAUGAAUCCUCAAACACAUUGAUAAUGCACAGAUAGAACCUUUACACUUAAAAGGAUGAAGGAUCAUUAUCAUGCAUGGCACCGUUUCCGUCUUGAUAUUUUAUGCCAAGGUGUGCCAUGUGUUUCAAUACUGUUUUUAACACACCCACCUCAACUCCCCACACAACUCACAAGUAUCACCUGCAUCACUUGAGUGGCCACUUGGAGCACAAGAGGAAGAGGAUGUAGCACAUCUUGGGUAAAGCUACAUUAUAUGGCCUAAAGUUUGUGGACACGUGACCAUCACAUCCGUAUGUGGUUCUAACCCAAACUGUUGCCACAAAGCUGGAAGCACACAAUUCCAUAGGAUAUCUUUGUGUGCUGAGAGGUCCAUGAAGACAUGGUUUGCCAAGGUUGGAGUGGAAGAACUCGAGUGGACUGCACAGAGCCCUGAACUCAACCCCACUGAACACAUUUGGGAUGAACUGGAACGCUGACUGCACCCAAGGCUUUCUCACCUGACAUCAGUGCCUGACCUCACUAAUGCUCUUGUGGCUGCAUGAGCACAAUUGCCCACAGCCAUGCUCCAAAAUCUAGUGGUAAGCCUUCUCAGAAGAGUGGAGGUUAUUAUGACUGGAAAGGGGGACUAAAUCUGGAAUGGGAUGCUCAACAAGCACAUAUGAUUGUGAUGGUCAGGUGUCCACAUCUUUGGCCAUAUAGUGUAUUUCCUUGAUUUGUAACGGUGUAUUUCCACUGAACUCUGUACUGUCAUAUAGUCAUACAUGCUAGCAAGUCAGCCAAAGGUGUGCUAAAUUUUAAUUAUUAUGUACAUAUAUACAUUUUUGUUGUUUUGAAAAGGAAAUUGUAUUAGAUCUCCUAAAAGUCUACAGUAAAUUUGACUGGAUUCCUUGGGCCUUCAAGGAGUCAGAGAGCCUUUUCUAAUAUUCCCAUGAGCCAACAAUGUAUUGGAACAGCCCUGGAGAUGGUGACUGAUUUUAGUUUUAAAAACAGUAUUGAAAUGCAUGGAUGGUUUUCACACUACUUCCCAGAGAGAACUUUAGAGUCAAAGUUGUGGAGUCAGCAUUUUUAAGUGGUAGAAAAUGAAACCGUCUGUAUGUUUUGAGCCUUAGAUCUGCAGUUUACAUAAUUGUUCUCUGUUACGAAAAUGUCCUGUAUGAUUCUCCAACACGGACUAUCCCCAGACCACAUUCUGACACGGUAUAUGUCAGGUGAAGGUGUCACAGUUGUGAGAAAAACACAUAGAACCUCCCAGAGGAAAAAAGUGUACUUUUGAUUUGUUAAAUUAAUGAUUGUAUUUAUAAACUGUGAUAAGAACAAAUAAUCUUGUAGAUGAACUGGAACUGCAAACAUGAACAUACUAAAAGACUGUUGUUCUAGGUGCUAACAUACAUUAAUAAAGGUGAUGGAUGGAUUGGAAAACACCUAUGAAUAAUAUGAAACACGUUUAUCAGCAUUUGAAGAAUAAUGUUCAAUGAAAUCUAUUCAGUAAAGGUCAUUUUUAUAUUGAUGGGUGUUUAUGUAUUGUCAGUCUAUCAUUGAUCAAAACCCAUAUGAUCUGUUUGAGAACCAUUCUUGUAAAUGCUACUGCUAAAUGAUGUUACCAAGCUUUUUGCUUGCCACAAGGACACAUUGUUUUAAGUCGCUGUGAGACAAGUAAGCAGCAAAACUUCAUCCAAUUCAUUACUGCCUCAAAGCAUUAUGAAACUGUUGAUGUGAUCUUUAUAGAUGAAAUGUCUUUAAUUAGUGUAUUUAUUUUGUGCAAGCAAUUCUGUUCUUGUGUAUAAUCGGUAACCUUAAUUUACUAUGUAAAGAUGGUUACAUAUAAGGAAUACUUGUCAUAAUAUAGAUUAACACUAUGUUUAUCUGUGGUGUAUUGAGUAUCUGGCACAGUUUCUUAGUUAUUUUGGCAUAUUAUUCCAGUUGUUGUGUGUUAAAACAGCAGUUAUUGCAUACACUGUUUCUCUCAAUGCUGCUUGUUUUUUGGGUUUUUUCCAUCUGCUCAGUCUGAAGUAAAUUCUGCUUGCUGAAUUCUGCUUGUAGCAUAGCUUUCAUUUAAAAUAAAGUAACUGCAUUUGUUUGUU